AUGUCUUACAACAAUCCGCUUCACUCGCCCGUACCAGCCUCCAAACAAUCUACCUAUAACUCCCUCUCAAGUUCCAUCGCCGCUUCCACUUCGUCUUCUUCGUCCUCGUACACGAAUUCGCGCCGCCGUCGCGUCCCAUACACCCCUUCGUUGAAAUUUCGCUCCUCGAGUCGUCCUCAAGCGCCUAUCGCGUUUGAUUGCCUAGGAUAUCCUGGUGCGGGGAUGCCUAUGCGAGAAAUAUACGCCAGGGGAGAAAUCGCACUGGCGCAGAUGAUGGAUAGAGGAGCAGAGCGUGUUAUGGUGUUUGCGCAGAGUGGGAUAAGAAGGAUUCACUUGGUAGUGAGGUGGCCUGGAUACGAACACCUGGAAUGCACAUUUCCUAUAGAAGUGGUCUUAUCUUCUGGACAUAUUACGAGGGUGCAGCUAGCUGCUGCUGUUACAAACACUUUCAUCAAAUUUAUCGAGCAAGCCAAAAAUGAAGGUUCAUCCUCACCAGAAUGGCGAUUUGGUUCAAAAGGAAUUCAAUUUACUCAGCUAUCGCUUCUUUCCAUAGCUCAUUUGUCGGAAGAUGCGUGGAGAGCUGAGAUCGCUGUGGACUUUUAG